AUGGGCUGUCAGACGUCAAAGGACGUUCUGCCCGACAGUUCCACGGAGCAACGGCCUAGUUUGAAUCAAAUUUAUCUUCAAGCAGCAUCGAAACAAUUGACUCGUGAGGAAAGUGGUGUUGGUGCUGGUCGACCACCGGUUAGUGACUCCCAUCGUGAUGUUUUUAGCAUCUUUGGUGAGCGAGGGAUGACGGUGGAAGUUCAUGAGAAUGCUGGAUCACCUUCAGCCAGUCAUUGUUCACCUGCUAGUCCAAGUGGUAGUGUCUUUUCAACUGCUACCACUGCCUCAGAUACGGAGCGGACAUUGGUUUUACAUCGACGAGCAGGUCAGUAUUUCCCAGCACUUCGCAUAAGUUAUGGCAUUUACUCGGAUACGGGCAUUCGCAAGGACAAUGAAGAUCGACAUACCAGUACAUCACGGAUGAUUGAGAAUGACCUCGUAGCUUUCUUUGGACUGUAUGAUGGUCAUGGAGGACCGGAGGUAGCAGAAUUUUUGGCACAAACAUUUCACGAGAAUGUCUUUCAUUAUCUGUCAAAGUCUACAAAUGAACCAGAAUCUGCAAGGAGUUUGCAGCCACGUGAAAUGGUAUUGAUGGAUGCUGUUCGGACAGCAUGUACAGCUACUGAUGAAGAAAUUUUUAAACAGCAAUUGCCAAGUGGAUCGACUGCAGUGUCGGUUGUAAUCCGAGGCAAUACGGCGCUAGUAUCCUCUGUAGGAGAUUCACAGGUUGUUUUGUCAACUAAUGGAAAAGCCAAGGAUAUGUGCAUUGCCCACACACCAGAGCUUUCUAGUGAACGAGAUCGGAUCCUUGCAGCUAAAGGAAAGAUCUCUAAGGGAAGGAUCUACGGCAUGCUUGGCGUAUCUCGUGCCUUUGGAGACAUUGAUUUUAAGACCGGGCGGGGAGAGUUCAAGAGUAGAUUCAACGGAGAUUUAGUUAGUGCCAUGCCCGACCUUGUGGUUCACGAGAUCAAGAGCCAGGACGAGUUCAUGGUGCUUGGCUGCGAUGGACUAUUCGAUGUGAUGGAGCCCCAGGUUGUCGUGAACUUUGUACGCAAUAAGCUGAGUUUACACGGAGAUGUACAGCAUGUGACAGAGGAGCUCGUGAGCCACGCCAUUGCACUUGGAUCGACAGACAACGUUAGCGCUAUUAUCGUAUGCUUCAACCAGGACGAGCAAGAGGUUGUACCUGUGACGCCUAUCGAAGCAGCACAGGCAGCAGAAGCUCAGAAGAAACGUGCGGCGGCAGCAGUGGCGUCUGCUGCAGACUCUGGGUGA